AUGGGAGAAGGUGGCAAAGAAAUCAAGGGACUCAGUUUCUUUGAGAACUUCCUACUUAGCGGCGCAGCUGCUGUCAUUGCUAAAACUGCAGCUGCUCCAAUAGAGCGUGUAAAAUUAUUGGUACAGAAUCAAGAUGAAAUGAUCAAACAAGGACGUCUGGAUAGGCCAUACUCUGGUGUUAUUGACUGUACUAUGCGGACAUUUAGGUCUGAAGGCAUAUUACCUUUUUGGCGUGGGAAUUUUCCAAACUGUUUGCGAUACUUUCCUACCCAAGCGUUGAAUUUCGCUUUUAAGGAUAAAGUGAAAUCAGCUUUCAAGCAGACCAAAGAUGACCCGUACUUGGUGUCGUUCUACAAAAAUGUUGUCAGUGGCGGAGCAGCGGGAGCUAUGUCACUUAUCUUUGUCUAUUCCUUAGACUAUGCUCGAACAAGAUUGGCAAAUGACAACAAGUCUGCUAAGAAAGGUGGGACUCGUGAGUUCAACGGGUUGAUUGAUGUCUAUGCCAAAACCUUAAAGUCUGAUGGUAUCGCUGGCCUUUAUAGAGGCUUCGUUAUAUCAUGUGUCGGGAUUGUCGUAUAUAGAGGUUUUUACUUCGGGUUAUAUGAUACUCUGAAACCCAUCUUCCUCGGAUCUGAUGCUGGUGUGACAAUGAGUUUCUUUUUGGGUUACGGUGUUACUGUUACUGCCGGAUUGAUAUCUUAUCCUAUUGACACUAUACGUCGACGCAUGAUGAUGACUUCAGGUCAGGCUGUUAAGUACAAAAGCUCUAUUCAAUGUGCUGCCCAAAUAAUGAAAAAUGAAGGCGCUAUGUCUUUCAUGAAGGGUGCUGGUGCAAACAUAUUACGAGGUGUUGCCGGCGCUGGUGUGUUGGCUGGGUUCGAUAAGUUCAAAGAGCUGUACGCUGAUUUCCGACUUCCAAAGAAACCAACUCCCUAG